AUGACAGGCAUCGCCGCCGCCUCCUUCUUCUCCAAUACCUGCCGGUUCGGGGGCUGCGGACUCCACUUCCCCACCCUGGCCGACCUCAUCGAGCACAUCGAGGACAACCACAUCGAUACAGAUCCACGUGUUUUAGAAAAACAAGAAUUACAGCAGCCAACCUAUGUUGCCCUCAGUUACAUUAAUAGAUUCAUGACGGACGCUGCCCGCCGAGAGCAGGAGUCUCUGAAGAAGAAGAUCCAGCCAAAGCUCUCGCUGACUUUGUCCAGCUCCGUGUCUCGAGGGAACGUGUCCACGCCACCUCGCCACAGUAGCGGAAGCCUUACUCCCCCAGUGACCCCGCCCAUCACCCCCUCCUCUUCAUUCCGCAGCAGCACCCCAACUGGCAGCGAGUACGACGAGGAGGAGGUGGAUUAUGAGGAGUCAGAUAGUGACGAGUCCUGGACCACAGAGAGUGCCAUCAGCUCUGAAGCCAUCCUCAGCUCCAUGUGCAUGAACGGAGGGGAGGAGAAGCCUUUUGCCUGCCCGGUUCCUGGAUGUAAAAAGAGAUACAAGAAUGUGAACGGCAUAAAGUACCAUGCUAAGAAUGGUCACAGAACACAGAUUCGUGUCCGUAAACCAUUCAAAUGUCGUUGUGGUAAGAGUUACAAGACAGCUCAGGGCCUGCGGCAUCACACAAUCAAUUUCCAUCCCCCGGUGUCGGCUGAGAUUAUCAGGAAGAUGCAGCAAUAACAUGCUGGUCGUAACUGUGCCAAGAAAUCCUCACCAGCAGUUGCUGAUUUUGAAAACAGCCACCUUUUUUCAGGGGAAGCAUUCAGCAACCCUUUAAAGAAUUACAUGCAUGCUUUAAAUUUUUUCUGUAAUUUUGGAAUGAUGUAUCUUUGUAGAGUUAAUGAUUUUGUACAUUUGCACAUGUAAUCAUCAUACCCAUUUUCAUUACUUUGAUAUAAGGUGCUAAACAAAACAAAAAGCUCUAGGUUCUUCAGCACAUUUUCCCCAAACCAAGAUUAAAACUGAGGGCAUGAUGCAUAUUGUUUAGUUGUAUUGCAGUGGUAUCAGCUGGGAGGGGGGAGGAGGGGCUAGCACUGAGGUUUUUGUUUCCCCCAAGAUUAUAAUGUGAUUGAAGUUUUCAACACAUCAACUCAUUGUGUUCAAAACCAAAAUAAUACCUUCAUUAUCCAACUGGUUACCAUGCCUUACAUAAU